AUGGACUGGCCACACAGCCUGCUGCUCCUUCUUGCCAUCUCUAUCUUCCUGGGGCCAAGCCAGCCCCGAAACACCAAAGGCAAAAGGAAGGGGCAAGGGCGGCCUGGCCCCUUGGCCCCUGGGCCUCACCAGGUGCCACUGGACCUAGUCUCUCGCGUAAAGCCCUACGCUCGAAUGGAAGAGUAUGAGAGGAACCUUGGAGAGAUGGUGGCUCAGCUGAGGAACAGCUCUGAGACAGCCAAGAGGAAAUGCGAGGUCAACCUGCAGCUGUGGCUGUCCAACAAGAGAAGCCUGUCUCCUUGGGGAUACAGCAUCAACCACGACCCCAGCCGCAUUCCUGCGGACUUGCCCGAGGCGCGCUGCCUUUGUCUGGGCUGCGUGAACCCCUUCACCAUGCAGGAGGACCGCAGCAUGGUGAGUGUGCCAGUGUUCAGCCAGGUGCCAGUGCGCCGCCGCCUUUGUCCGCCACCUCCGCGCCCUGGGCCCUGCCGUCACCGCGUCGUCAUGGAGACCAUCGCGGUGGGUUGCACCUGCAUCUUCUGA